AUGAAUUUAAUUAAAUUAUUUAUAAUUUGUUGUUUAUUAAUUUCAAUUACUGUAAAAAGUUUUGAAAUUGAAAAUGAUAUUGAUAUAGAUUUUGAAUUUGAUAAUAGUUUUGAUCAAAGUAGUAGUAGUGCAGGUAGUGGUAGUGAUAGUUAUGAUCAAGAUAAAUGUAAGGGUAAACCAAAUCCAUACCCAAUUUUUAAUAAAGAACCAAUAUUUAUAGCAUCAACUGCAAAUGGUAAAUUAUAUAAAACUGGUGAUGAUAGUAAUCAAGUUUCAAUUUUACAUUUAUAUGGUGAAGCCUAUGAAAUGGGUUAUGCUCAUGGUACAUUAUUAAAAGAACAAGUAAAUGAAUUAAUUCCAAAGUUUAUGGAAUUUGCAGAGAUUGCAAUUAAAGAAUUUAUUAAAACUAAAUUUGCACUUCGUUUACCAGAAUUUUUAAUUAAAUUAAUUGAAGAGUUUGGUGUUAAUGCUGCAUUAGAUUAUGUUGCAUCUGCAACUGAACAAUUUACACCAAAAAGAUUCUUUAAUGAAUUAUUAGGUUUAUCAGAUUCUUCUGGAAUACCAUAUCAAACAUUAUUAAGAAUGCAUAUGUUUCCAGAAUUAGUUAAAGCAACAUGUAGUAUUGUUGGAGCAUGGAGUGAAGCAACAAUUAAUGGUGGAUUACUUCAAGUUAGAGCUUUAGAUUGGGGAUUAGAGAAUCCAUUAGUUAAUUAUCCAACAUUGAUAGUUUAUCAUCCACAAGAGAAUGAUGGUGGAGAAUUUUCAAUUUUAUCAUGGACUUCAUUUAUUGGUGCAUUAACAGGUUAUUCACAAAGAACAGGUGUUUGUGAAAAGGUUUGGCUUUCAUAUAAUGGUACAUACACUCAUAAUGGUAUGCCAUUUUAUUUCAUUUUACGUGAUAUCCUUCAAUAUGAUAAUAGUAUUUACGAAGCAUUGAAUCGUAUUUAUAAUACACCAAGAACUUGUGCAGUUUAUUUAGGUGUUGGUUCAAAUGAAUCAAAUACAGCAAGUUUGCUUGAAGUUUCAAUGGACGUUGUUAGAGUAUUCGAUGAUGAAACUCCAUUCCCUGGUUUCGCACCACCAGUACCAGAACAUCCACUCUUUAAAGAUGUGGUUUAUGUUGAUAAACAUUCUCAACCAAGUACUGAUCCUUGUAUGGCAAAUUCAUUAAGUCAAUCUUGGUCUGAAAUUACAGCUCAAACUUUAAUCAAUACAAUGGGUCAAAUGGAAACUGGUGACCUACAUUCUGCUGUUUAUGAUUUUAAACAAAAUUUAGUUUAUGUAUCUGUUGCAACUACAAAUAUUCCUUUCCCAUUCACAAAUGAAACUUUACCAUUAGUUUCACCAGCUUAUAAAAAUCAAUUCAUUCAAUUUAAUAUGACAAAAUUAUUCUCUGAACAACCACCACUACCACCACCAAAUAAUAGUAGUAGUAGUGAUAGUAAUAGUAAUAGUAAUAGUGAUAGUAGUAGUAGUAGUGAUAGUAAUAGUAAUAGUAAUUAA